AACAGUUGUGUCUCUUUCCUGUCGGAGCUUCACAGCUCACUUUACCAACCGCCCUGCCCGCGAUUCGUCAUUUUAGCAGAACUCCGACACCAGCCCCGAAGCUUCUCACUCCCCCCCACCCACUCCGAUCAUCACUCUCGAAUACGUGUCGUCUUCUCUAUGGAUGCCUAACCUGCAGAAGAAUGGAAGAUAGCAGCAGCUGAAGCAGCAAAAGAGACCAAAAGAAUGAGUUGGGGGAUAAGGUCUUUCCAGUGCUCCCAUUCGAGCUCAACCACUGCUGUAAUGGCGGGUGGGCCCCCAACACCCCAACUGAAAUAAGUACUCAAGUUUCACUGUGGUCCGUCAUGUCUUGUGUUUGCUGAGCUCAAUUCCCUCGGAUGGAAAGGGUAGAGUGAGACCUGUUCGGCUCCCAUCAACGGAUAUGGCACUCCCCAGUUAUGCUUAUUGCUCAUGGAUCCUCUUCCUAGUCUUGCUGCAAAAUGUCGGAGGGUGCCUCUCGUCUUCGAAUUAUUUGAUCGGCCUCGGAAGCCACGACAUAACGGGGCCCGCAGCAGAUGUUAAUAUGAUGGGGUAUGCAAAUAUGGAACAGAUAACUUCUGGGGUACACUUCAGGUUGCAUGCCCGAACAUUUAUUGUUGCGGAACCUCAGGGGAGUCGUGUGGUGUUUGUAAAUCUCGAUGCCUGCAUGGCUUCGCAGAUUGUGACCACUAAAGUACUUGAGAGGCUAAAAGCAAGAUAUGGAGAUCUUUAUACUGAGCAAAAUGUUGCCAUCAGUGGCACUCAUACUCAUGCUGGGCCUGGAGGCUAUCUCCAAUAUGUUUUAUACAUUGUGACAUCUCUCGGAUUUGUUCGCCAGUCCUUUGAUGCCAUAGUGGAUGGCAUUGAGAAAAGCAUUAUACAAGCUCAUGAAAAUCUUCAGCCUGGAUCAAUUUUCAUUAAUAGAGGAGAAAUUCUUGUUGCGGGAGUAAAUCGAAGCCCUAGUGCUUACCUCAACAAUCCUGCAUCUGAGAGAAAUAAGUACAAGUGCAAUGUUGACAAAGAGAUGACCCUCAUAAAGUUUAUGGACGAUGAAUGGGGGCCAGUUGGUGCCUUCAAUUGGUUUGCAACCCAUGGUACUUCUAUGAGUCGGACAAACUCGUUGAUAAGUGGGGACAAUAAAGGAGCUGCAGCAAGAUUCAUGGAGGACUGGCAAAGGGAUUCUCUGAAAGGUUUCAAUGGUAUAUAUUUGCAUAAUGACGUAAUUCCAAGGAGGGUCUCGACCAUAUUGUCCGACUUCCGUGAAAACAGUACUGAAACGAUGCAACUCGCAGCUUCCUUCCCCUUUUCUCGAGGAAGACCUGUGACUAGAUUAUCAAGUGUGGCAAGACGGGUCAGGAAUGCUUUUAGGCAGACCGAUAGGCCACAGUUUGUCUCUGCAUUCUGUCAAACCAAUUGUGGUGAUGUGAGCCCGAAUGUCCUUGGUGCCUUCUGCAUCGACUCUGGGAAGCCUUGUGAUUUCAAUCACAGCACCUGCAAUGGAAAAAAUGAGCUGUGUUACGGUCGUGGACCUGGGUACCCCGAUGAAUUUGAGAGCACACGGAUCAUUGGAGAGAGACAGUUUAACAAGGCUGUUGAACUGUUCAACAAAGCAUCUGAGCAGCUCAAGGGCAAGAUUGGAUUCCAGCAUGCAUAUGUGGAUUUCUUAAACCUUGAGGUCACCAUUCCUAAACCUAACGGUGGAACUGAGGUUGUUAAAACAUGCCCUGCUGCAGUAGGAUUUGCCUUUGCCGCCGGGACCACUGAUGGGCCGGGAGCUUUCGACUUCAAGCAAGGAGAUGAUAAGGGAAAUGUCUUUUGGAAGCUGGUGAGGAAUUUGCUGAAAACACCGAGUCAGGAGCAAGUCGACUGUCAGCAUCCAAAACCUAUUUUACUUGACACCGGUGAAAUGAAGGAACCUUAUGACUGGGCACCUUCAAUACUUCCCAUCCAAAUUCUACGAAUCGGGCAACUUGUCAUUCUCAGCGUGCCUUCAGAAUUCACAACAAUGGCCGGCAGGCGUCUCCGCGAUGCCGUGAGGAUGGUGCUCUCAUCACGAGGGAAUGGACAGUUCGAUAGCAACAUCCACGUGGUUAUUGCAGGGCUUACGAAUUCAUAUUCUCAGUAUGUGGCCACCUUCGAGGAGUAUCAAGUGCAGCGAUAUGAGGGAGCCUCUACUCUCUAUGGCCCCCAUACACUCAGUGCAUACAUUCAGGAGUUCAAGAAACUGGCCACGGCCCUAGUCAACGAGGACAUCAUCGAGAGUGGUCCACAACCUCCAGACCUACUCGACAGGCAGAUAAGUUUGCUCCCUCCGGUGGUCAUGGACUCAACUCCUCCUGGAGUAAACUUUGGGGACGUCAAGACCGAUGUGCCCUUCAACUCCACUUUCAGGAGGGGUGAUCUGAUCAGCGUGACCUUCUGGUCCGCCUGUCCGAGGAAUGACCUCAUGACUGAGGGGACAUUCGCAUUGGUGGAGCAUCUACAGGAUGGAAAGACUUGGGUCCCGGCAUUCGACGAUGAUGAUUUCUGCCUGAGGUUCAUCUGGUCCAGGCCCGGGAAACUGAGCCCCCAGAGCCAUGCGACCCUAGAAUGGAGGGUUCCGAGCUCUGCAGCCCCAGGGGUUUACAGGAUGAGGCACUUUGGAGCCGCUAAGGCACUCUUCGGAACUGUUCGCCAUUUCACGGGGUGUUCCAACGCGUUGGUGGUGGCAUAGGGUGGUGAAGUAUAUGCAUAAAUUCAAGUAAGUCCUAGUAUCCACUUCUUUUUUUCUUUCCAUAGUGGAGUUACAUGCAUUGUCUUGAUGUAAAGGCGUCGUGUCAUAGAUGGAAAUGGGAAAUGAGGCGCGAAUAUUACGUUACAGGAGACUGUUUACGAAUGCUGCCUACUAGUGGGGACCAAUGUAAAAGAUAAAUAUAGAGACAACAGAUUAGGAUUCCUCAGUUGGCCCAGUCCCUAUGCCGUUUGGGAACCUCCGUGGAAAAGUUUGUGCGUGCUGUGGAUAGGAGAAUUACUGAGGGACGGAAUAAAGUGAUGUUCCUCAAUGAUCUAAUCGGCAUUUCACUACUUCUCUCUUUUGGCACA